AUGGCUCCCGACCAAGCAUAUCUCGCGCACAUCCUCUCGCAGACCCGCGCGAACAUCGACUUUCUCGUAGCGCACAACCACAUCUCCCCGGCUGAUGCUGAGCUUAUGCGCAACCGGCUUCCGUCUGCGAACGCAGCCAGCGCUCCUCCCAUCGAGGAAAUGAGCAGCCUCUCUGUCAGCGCACCCGGUCGCCGCGCAGUCCCUCUUCCCCCGCCUCGCUCAGCCCCGACCCACCGUGCUCGUGCGGUCUGGGCGUACAACGAGGAUGGCUCGGAACCCAACGAUCUCUCUUUCUCCUCUGGCGAGAUCGUCGAAGUUAUCGACGAGACGAACGCCGACUGGUGGACCGGCCGGUGCCGCGGCCGCCAGGGCCUCUUCCCCUCGAAUCACGUCGAGAAGCUCGACGGUGCUGCUCCUGCGCACGCUCCGCCCAUGCCUUCCGCCUCGCCCGCGUACCAGCCCGCGUACGCCCCGCCCCCGCAGCAGUACAUGCCGCCGCAGCCGUAUGCUGCGGGUCCGCCGCCUGCGGAGAAGCCUGCCUAUCGUCCGUUCGGCGCGGUGUACGCGGGCCGUGACCAGCCCCCGCCGCAGCCGCAGCCACAAGGGGUCCCGACCAACUCGUUGGGGCUGCAGCAGGACGCUGGACAGGAGAAGAAGAAGAGCAAGUAUGGCAGGCUCGGGGACACGAUGGCUACCUCCGCCGCUGGCGGUGUCGGCUUCGGCGCGGGUGCUGCGAUCGGCAGUGGUAUCGUCGGCGCUAUUUUCUGA